ACGAAAAGGAGCGACGAAGAGAGAGAAGAAGAGGAGUCAUGGCGGGGGAUUCGAUGGUGAGCAUUGACAGGCUCAUUGCGAAUGACGGCGUCGAAGGCAGCUUUGGUUGUUCCGAUCGUGUCGCCCGGCCGCCGGCGGACGUCGGAACGGUGUUGGCGGGGUGUCGCGAGGACAAGAAGCCGAGCUCCGAAGGCAAGAAGCUGAGCCAAGAGGUGGGUAGUGGAGCGGUCGUCGAAUGUAGGAUAUGCCAAGAGGAAGGGGAGGAGCGCCACAUGGAAGCUCCCUGCGCUUGCAAUGGCACUCUCAAGGUCUCCUCCUCGAUCUUCUCUGUCAAAUUCUCCCAAGUUUUCCUUUCUAGGUUUGCCCACCGGACAUGUAUUCAAAGAUGGUGCAAUAAAAAACAAAAUAUCACUUGUGAAACGUGCAACCAGAUUUUUGGUCCAAACUAUAUUGUUCCACCAAGUAGACCAAAUUCUGAUGUAAUGGCCAUUGAUGUCAGGCACAGUAGGGGUACACUCAUUGACUACCGUGAUUCACAUUUGCUUGGCAUUGCUGCUGCUGAGCAGGAUUUUUUAAGUGCAGAGCAUGAAGAUUAUGCAGCUUCAAGUGCCAAUGGAAUUGCCUGCUGCCGUGUUAUUGCUCUCACGUUGACACUCCUCUUGCUACUUCGCCAUAUCCUCAUUGUCAUAAGGAACAUUGAGAUGGUGCAGGAUAUGUCAGCUGUAUACAAUGUAACUCUCGAGUUUGCUGCCUUUUUCUUACCAUGCUAUGUAAUGGCACGUUCCUGCUACAUUAUAACAAACCGUUGGAGGCAACAGAUCUAAGAGGUUAGAAUAAAGCUCUCAAAUUCAUUUGAUGAUAUAUUAGAAAGGGGAAGCUCGUCUGACUGGAACUUUUGGGAUUAGCUUCCCCAUUCAGGACUCAUAUUUCCACUCAAAGUGGUUGGAUGGGAAAAGAAAUGAAUGUGAAUUAGGUUCUUGACAAGUGUAAUGGCCGUCACAAGUAAUUUUCUCUUCAAGUAAUAUGUGCAUAUAAAGUAGCCUUUAUUGGUCCUUGGUGAAAUUUUACCUGCGACAGUAACUGGGCAAUAAGUUUUGCUCUUCUUUCCAAUGUAUUGUUCUCUUUUUUC